GUACUAUACGUAUGCGAGGGGAUGAACAACAGCAUGGGAGAUGCCAUGGCUGCUCAUGCCCGGGACCGCAGCACCCGCUACCAGAGUGUACAGCAGGACACCACCUUAGGCUUCCCAUACCAAGUUCAGAGACCUGAUGGUGAGGAAAGAUAUCCUUCCAAGAAGCCACAUCCUGCUCCAGACCAGGAGAUACUAAGGGAGUACAUCAAGCCACCUGCCAACAAAACCCUGUCUGAUGUAAAUGUAAAUGGGCCUCACCAUUCGUGUUCUGUUGGAGGAUUCCCUACGCAGCCUGAGUGUGCGCUCGGACACAGUGGAAUACACUCCUAUCGUUACUCAACUCCAUUAGAUGCGCAGUCUCCUCACUCUGCAGUGUCAGGAUCAUCAUCAUCUUCAUCGUCGUCGUCGUCGUCGUCAUCAUCACUUCAAACCUGGGGAGGUAGAGACGAGGGCCAGACUUCUAGGAGUAGUCGAAAUCCACUAGUGCGCAACUGUCUCGCUCCAUUCACUUCGGGCAGAUUUGACAGAUCUCCACAAACGUUCCAUCAUGAGUCAAAUCGACGAAGAAACAGACACCAAGGACACUUGGGAACAAAUUCCCCUUCUCCUUCACAUGACCAAAAUAUUCCCAUACCUUACUGUCCAACCACCAAUACUUUAGCGGAAAUUACUAUGUUGUCAGUACCGUGUGGGCCCUCAACUCACAGUCCCAGUCAUCAAGGAGGACCAAGUGAAUCCCAAGGUAUUAACGUGGGGAGUUUGGGAGUGCAGGGGGAUCUCUCGCACCCAUUUGGACAGUCUUCUGAUUUACCCUGUAGUCCACCAGCAGAGCCUCAACAUCCGCCCUUAUAUAGUGACGUGAUAGAAAAUAACAGCUUAUAUCGAAGUGCUAGUAGACCCUCAGAACAAAGGACAAAGAGUGGGAAAAUAUGACCAACAAGUCUUUUCCUUAGUCUUUCAAGCAUACUUUAUUAUAUCACUUAAGAUGUACUUGUUGUAAUGAAAGUUGUUAUGUCCUUCGGGAUGUGAUAGUGAGAAUACAGCGCUGAAGCCAGCAGAUGUCAUGGUGCUCAGUGAUGGUGGGCUAGUUUUAAAGCUCACUCCUGUGCAUGACCAACUGCCAGCAUGCAUGUGCACGAGUGUGUAAGGGCAGUAAUGUUUGCUCUUUUAUAUGCACAUUAAGGUGCAUGUAGGUAGGGCAGGGAUGUAUGCCAUUGGCCCCACCAGUGGUGGGACUGAUGCACACAAGGACCAGAGCAGUUGGGACCAGCUGCUGUUGCAAUGGAUGAAGGAAUCACCAGUGCCUGGGGUCCCAAGGACCAGUGCUAUGGUGUCUGGCAGCAGUGCAGCUAUGCUACACACUGCUAUGCACUGCUUACGGUCACCAAUUAUGGCUCACACAGUGUAUUGUAAGAGUGCUGCAGCAUUUCCAGGGCCAAGUCCCAUAUGUGAUAGGCCUUCUUUCUUAAUCUCACAAGACAGGUGAUGGAGUGUGGUGCAUGGCAAUGGCUGUGGGAGUGUGGCUGGGCAACCUGUAAAUGUACAGAUAAGGUGGCUCAUAACUAUACAUACUGUAAUUUGUAUUCCUGGUAAAUCCAAAGGUGAAUAUUGAUUGUAACCAGUGUUACUGUUUCAAAAUGCUUUUCCUGCAGUUAGGUGGGGUGAGACAGGUUGAAGAGGUAGUAGCAUGAAUGUGGCGACAGCUGUGUCACUACAGAUCCAUGUUUCUUCCUUUUAUAAUAUACUGUACUGUCUGAAUACUGGUUGAUCUGGUUAUGAACACUUGAAAUAAUUUCAUGUCAAUAAAAAAUUUCAUAACAUUCUGGUAGUGCACCAAUCAUUCACUGGAAUGGAAUAUCUACCUUUUCUUUCUUUAUUAUUUUUUAUUGUACUAACAUCUGUACAAACAGUUCACACACACACACACACACACACACACACACACACACACACACACACACACACACACACACCCCUUACCAGCUCAUGAGCAGGCUGAAUUUCACUCCAAACUUAAGGUGCUAUGGGUUUUCACCGAUGAGUGCACAAUUUACUCUCCUCUUUAAUCAAGACAAUAGUGUGAGUGUGUUGUGAAAAAUCAAAAUUUAACCAAAAAAAAUAAUUGUGUAAGUUCCAAGUUCUUAUUUAAAAAAGAAUGAACAUAUGGUAAUUGCAGUCAAACAUAAGGAUACCCAAGACCAUGGCUGAACAACCACACUGUAUCCCCAUGCAUUUUACAUAGAAAUUUACCAUCCUACACAUUAGACAUUAACACUAAGUGCACAUACAUCUAACCUGCACAUUCAUGAUUUGUUUUCUCUCUCUCUCUCUCUCUCUCUCUCUCUCUCUCUCUCUCUCUCUCUCUCUCUCUCUCAAACACACACACACACCUUCACUAAAAAAAAGAGUAUAUACAGACAGGAAAAAUAUUAUCAUUUAUAAAUCCUGUUUACUUUAUCUAGGAAACCGAUCAAAACUCAAUUACUAUAAACAAUAAUAAACACAAAUAUAUACAAACUUAACCUCUAUAAUCACACACACACACACACACGUUUGUUUAACAGGAAGCUCGACCAAGUUCUUUGCUGUACAGGAUUGAAUAAAUUAAUGUUCAGGAUUAUGUGCACACAGUAAUUUACUAGGUUAACUAUAUUAUUUUUUCUUGAGCCACAAGAUGAGUGGGUAAAGGUAUGUUACAAGUCACAAUAUCUAGAGUGCUGAUAUCCUUAUGAAAAGCAAACUAAAGCUGAAUAGAUAAGAUGGUAAAUUUUGUUGACAAUUAUUUAAUAAUAAAUUAUAAUUCGUACUAAAAGUACAGUGAAUCUCCAAAGUACCAGACUGUCUGACUUUUUUUUCUUUGUUUUCUGAUGGUGGUGAUGGUUGGAAGUAAGAG